AUGCUCUACUCAUGUGUCUUGAAAUUGGUCGUGGUUGGUCAUGCUGCUGCAAGGCCUUUGGCUAACUAUGCCCCUGCUUGUCCCACCUGUUUCCCGAUCACCUUUCACGUUGACGCGAGUGCUGAGAAUGCUGUCAUCACCAACUCUACAUCUGAGCAGAAUGCCACGGGUAUCUACGACUUUAUGCAUCUGGAUGUGGGAGCUCUACAGUUCCUUGUUCACGGGGUAACAUAUAAUAAGACCGUCUGGGCCGGAUUGGGAAUUUCUGGGAGAUAUAACUGGCAUGGGUAUGCUACUAAUGCUGGUUAUGAUACUCUGGCUAUCGAUUGUCUCGGCCACCGUCAGGAUCCUCAACAUCCCGAUCCUUUGAGCGUGGUUCAGGGCCCCCUCCAUGUUGAUAUUAUGCAUCAAAUCAUCAGCCGUAUCCGAAGUGGGCUCAUUGAAGAACUUUUACAUGCCAGUGAGACCAUCAUCUACGUCGGCCACUCUUAUGGAUCGGGUUUCGGCAAUCUCCUGUCUAUCAAGCACCCGGAGGACAUUGACGCCUAUGUCCUAACUGGCUUCUCUGCAACCUUGAUGCCGUCGUAUUCAUUCUUUAGCGACCUUUUUUCCGCAGCAGAUGUUUCAGCCCGGUUCGAAAAUUAUGUUUCAGGCUACCUCACAAGACGCACUAUCGACGGCCGCAGAGCUAUCUCUUACGCUGGCGCCUAUGACCGGUCUAUUGUCCCCCACGACUUCGCUGGGCGAGACAUUGUUUCAGUGGAGGAAUUAUUCUCUCCUGGUCUCUUCACUGUGGUCUCCAAUUAUACCGACCCUGUGUUUGUCGCGACUAGAGAUCUUGACAAAUUUUACUAUGCCGGAGCCCGGUUCAAUGCCAAAAGAUUUUAA